UUUAUUCGUUUAAGUAUUGUUCCGAAAUUUUCAGUGCAAGAAAAAAGAAAAAUAUAUUUAUUUUGUAAAAUAUUUCAAAACUUAAAAAAAAUUUGUAGUGGUUAAUUCUUCCGAUAAAAAAAUGGAAGGCGAAAGUAUGGAUGAAAUAAUCAAAACAAUUACGACAGCACUUGACCACUGUAGGCCCGGCACAAACGACCAGAUCAUCAAGCGCAUAUCAAAGAAGCACAACAUACAAGAAGAUAUCGUACGCGGCAUUCUAAUUGGGCCCUUAGAGGGCUUAGAUGAGGAGAAUGCCGAAACCGGUAAAUUAAGUAAUUAUGAUGAGAACGAUGAGGACAACGGUGAGGACGAUGAGUAUGUUGCUGAACGUAGAAUGAAUACACCCGGCAAAAAGUUUCGCCGGGCUAAAAAACUGAAGUAAAAAGAAUCGAAGAAUAUAACUUCAG